UCAAAAAAACACUCCCAACCUCUCUCUCAUAUUGUCUACAAGUCUAAAGAAAGAAAGCAAUAACAAAAAAAAAAAAUGGGUGAAGCAAUGGAGUUUGUUCCUUACAACAAUGGCUUCUCAAAAUUAGCUCUAUUUGAAAACAAACACAUAGCCAUUGAGAAGCAAAAUCAUGAAGAAGAUGAAGAUUCUUGGUUUGAAGAAGAGAUUGAUGUUGAUCUCAAGUGGUCUUUUUCUCUCAAUAGGGUGCUGCACAAAGGGACUAGUGAAUUUCAAGACAUAGCUCUACUUGACACAAAACAUUUUGGCAAGGUUUUGGUGAUUGAUGGGAAAAUGCAAAGUGCAGAAUUUGAUGAAUUUAUUUAUCAUGAAUGUUUGAUUCAUCCAGCUCUCUUAUGUCACCCCAACCCAAAAAAGAUGUUUAUAAUGGGCGGAGGCGAAGGAUCUGCCGCGAGGGAGGCCCUUCGCCACAGAUCGCUAGAGAAAGUUGUCAUGUGUGAUAUUGAUCAGGAGGUUGUGGAUUUCUGCAAAACACAUCUCACAGCCAAUCACGAGGCUUUUCGAAAUAUGAAGCUUGAUUUAGUGAUUAAUGAUGCUAAGGCUGAAUUGGAAGAUAGGCAAGAAAAAUUUGAUAUCAUAGUGGGAGAUUUGGCCGAUCCCGUUGAAGGAGGACCGUGUUACCAACUAUAUACUAAGUCUUUCUACGAGGACAUACUGAAGCCUAAGCUCAACAAUAAGGGUAUUUUCGUAACUCAGGCUGGACCAGCAGGGGUGUUCACUCACAAAGAGGUGUUCUCAUCAAUUUACAACACUAUUAAACAAGUUUUCAAGUAUGUUCGCGCGUACACUGCUCACGUUCCAUCGUUCGCUGACACGUGGGGAUGGGUGAUUGCUUCGGAUUAUCCACUAAGCAUCGAGGCUGGGAAAAUGGACAAGAAAAUCGGGGAAAGGAUCGAGGGAGAGCUCUUGUACUUGAAUGGGGCCUCGUUCGUUGCAUCGACCAUCUUAAACAAGACUGUUGCGAAAACGUUGAAGAACGAGACGCAUGUGUACGCUGAGGAUAACGCGAGGUUCAUCCACGGCCAUGGCAUCGCCUUUCGGAUUUGAAGGCGGAGGCGAAGGAGAAGAGCUUGUGUGUAUAAAGUGGAAGAAAGAGAGGAGAAAGGCAGAAACUAUUCAAGUAGAAAACUUUGUUUAAAAAUCAGCUCUUGUGUUGCCUUCUCUCUUAGGAUCUUAUGUAAUGCUCUUCCAUUUAUUAAGGCUUUCAUUUUUAUUAUUA